AUGGACCGCGACGACAUCGCCCUUCUGGCCACUGUCACCAUCCUGGGCGUCCUGCUACAAGCCUACUUCUCCCUGCAGGUGAUCUCCGCCCGCAGGAGGUUCGGCGUGCAGCCCCCGCUGACCAGCGGCCCGCCCGAGUUCCAGCGCAUCUUCAGGGCGCAGGUCAACUGCAGCGAGUACUUCCCUCUGUUCCUCGCCGUCCUCUGGGUCGCCGGUGUCUUCUUCCACCAAGGUGCGGCAGCGCUGUGCGGCCUAGGCUACCUGUUCUCGCGCCUGCGCUACUUCCAGGGCUACGCUCGCUCGGAGCUGCAGAGGCUGCCCCCGCUGUACGAGAGUGCGCAUGCGCUCUGGCUACUCGUGGCGCUGGCCGCGCUGGGCCUGCUCGUCCACUUCCUGCCCAUGGCCUGGCGCUCCGCACUUCUCGGACGACUCCACAUGUUGCUGCCUCGCUCCUGAGUCGAGGACGCCGGGUCAG